AAAAAGCACCGAUUAUUAAGUGUUAAUAAAAAUAAUCAGAGAUUAUAUACGCACUUUUCUAAAAUAAACAACUUGCAACAAAACCGCGGUUAAAACCAACGCGUUCAAGCGAUUCGUGUAACUGACGUCAUCAACCGGUGUGUCAUCUUGAACCAUAUUAUAACCGCGGCACAUAACACAGAAAUUUUGGUUAUUCGCUUGGAUUUGAUUAUUCAUUCUUUUUAUCACCCCAAUUCUCCAUAUUUCAUUGGUUGAAGUUUAUAAACUAUUUACAUUUUUAAAUUUUUCUACAAUAAUAGAUUUUUCUGGAACAUAUGCACGUAUAUUUCCGAGAUAAAAACAAACUGUGGGUUAGUUACCAUAUGUGAUUGAUAUGGCUUGGAAUUUUUAAGCAGAAAGUACAGAAACUAGAGGUUUUUAAUAGCUUUAACCUUACAGACGUGGACUUUGAUAUACUGUUGAUAUGAGUAUUGGAAGCUGGUUGCAACAGAAGUAUUAAUAAUUGUAUUUGAAUCAGAUCUUGCUACCUAGAAAUAUUGAUAAACAUUUUAACUGUGAACUACAACUAUGUCUUCCUUGGUGUCUUCAAUACAAGUUUUAGCCAGAAGGACACAUUUUACAAUUGUUCAAGUCCGUCACUUAAAUUUGUUAGAAUAUCAAAGCAAACACUUGCUAAGAAAAAAUGGGGUAGCUGUUCAAGAUUUUUGUAUGGUCGAUGUGCAUGGUACAAAUGAAUUGGAUAAAUUCAAUGUGAAGGAAUAUGUUGUGAAAGCUCAAAUUCUUGCUGGAGGCAGGGGUAAAGGCCAUUUCGACAAUGGCUUCAAGGGUGGUGUACACAUAACAGAAAACAAGGAGGAAGUUCCGAAAUUGAUAAACCAAAUGUUAGGGUACAAACUAAUUACUAAACAGACACCAAAAGAUGGAAUAGAAGUAAAAAAGAUAAUGAUAGCAGAAAGUGUGAACAUUAAGAGAGAAACCUACCUCUGUAUUUUAAUGGAUCGUCAAAUGAAUGGUCCAGUGAUUAUAGCAUCUCCUGCCGGUGGCAUGGACAUUGAAGCUGUUGCAGAAAAAACUCCGCAUUUAUUGAAAAAAAGUACCUGUAGACAUCUUUGA